AUGGCUUCCUCCAACGCGACAAGCGCCGCUCAUGCUGCCAACUCCAACGCUUCCGCGAACAAGAGCGCCGAGCUCCCACAUUUGAUCGGUGUCGAGGCUGCCAAGCGUGCUGCUGCUUACGCUGCCGUCGACAACCACGUCAAGCCUCAACACGAGAUCAUCGGUAUUGGUUCAGGCUCGACAGUACCCUAUGUCGUCGAGCGAAUUGCACAACAGGGUCCUGCUGUCAAUGCAAAGCGAUGGUUCGUUCCCACCGGCUUUCAGUCUCGAGAGCUCAUCAUCGACGCUGGUCUUCGUCUCGGCGAUGUCGACAGCUUCCCAAGCAUCGAUGUCACCAUCGACGGUGCUGACGAGGUCGACAACGCUUUGAACUGUAUCAAGGGCGGUGGCGCUUGCCAUCUUCGGGAAAAGGUUCUCGCAGAAGCUGCCAACCAAUUCGUCGUCGUCGCCGACUACCGCAAGAACGGAUCGCAGCUCGGCACAAAAUGGUUGCAAGGCAUUCCUAUCGAAGUCGCUCCUUUCGCCUACGCAAAGGUCCUUCAGAACCUCAAAAAGAUGGGUGCCCACAAGCCUGUCCUCCGAAUGGGCAAGGCCAAGGCUGGUCCUGUCGUCACCGACAAUGGAAACUUCUGCAUCGACGCUCCUUUCCCAGAGUCUCAGAUGAAGGACCCCUCCGAUCUCCUCCAAAGGAUCAAGCUCCUCACCGGUGUGCUCGAAGUCGGUCUCUUCUGCAACAUUUGUAGGUCGGCGUACUUUGGUAACGAAGACGGCACCAUCACCAUUAAAACUGCCGACGGCAAGGUCCAAGAAGGCGUCCACUUUGAUGUUUCAAAGCCUGCCGCUACAGCAUGA